AUGUCGGUAGCAUCUGGAGGGGCGCCGGUACAUCGCCGGAAGGCGGAGAUGCCUCCGGAAGUGUUGCGUAAGAUAAUAUCGGACCAUGGAGACAUGUCGAGUCGGAAGUUCAGUCAGGACAAGCGGGCGUAUAUCGGAGGGUUGAAGUACAUUCCACAUGCGGUCUUCAAGUUGCUGGAGAACAUGCCGAUGCCUUGGGAGCAGGUGCGCAAUGUAAAGGUAUUGUAUCAUACGACCGGUGCCAUUACUUUUGUGAAUGAGAUACCGUGGGUAGUGGAGCCGAUUUUUUUGGCGCAAUGGGGUACGACUUGGAUAAUGAUGCGUCGGGAGAAGCGUGACCGCCGCCACUUCAAGAGGAUGCGCUUUCCGCCCUUCGACGACGAGGAGCCGCCGUUGGACUACGGGGAUAAUAUCUUGGACCAGCAGCCUUUGGAGGCGAUUCAAAUGGAUCUGGAUGCGGAAGACGACGGGCCGGUAAUAGAUUGGUUUUAUGAGCACCAGCCUUUGCAAUAUGACCCAAAGUACAUAAAAGGUCCUAGCUACCGGCGUUGGAGGUUGGACCUGGACCAAAUGUGUGUGCUAUACCGUUUAGCACACCAAUUGCGGUCAGAUAUUUUGGAUGAGAACUACUAUUAUUUGUUCGACCUCAAGUCGUUCAUGACGGCGAAAGCCUUGAAUCUGGCCAUACCCGGGGGCCCCAAGUUCGAGCCACUGUACAGAGACAUUAUUAACGAUGACGACACGGACUGGAACGAGUUUAACAACGUGGACAAAAUUAUUAUCCGACAAAAGAUACGCACCGAAUACAAGAUUGCCUUCCCCUACCUGUACAAUGACCGUCCUCGUAACGUGUGCAUGUCUACUUACCAUACUCCGAUGGUGACCUUUAUCAAGCAAGAAGACCCAGAUCAGCCGGCCUUUGUAUUCGACCCGAUUCUAUAUCCCAUACCCGCUUACAGGUACUAUAAGCCCAACAGUACCGGUGGAAAGGCAGGAGGUGGUGUUUAUGAGAACUUGGGUGUGUAUAUAGAAUCGGCAAUAACUGAAAAUGACUUAGAUAGUUUAGGUCCCCUGCCGGAAGAGAUCCAGCCCAUAUUGAGAGAAGCGCCCGUGGAUACUGAUACGACAUACGGGGGACUCAGUUUAAUAUGGGCUCCGAGACCGUUUAAUUUGCGUUCUGGUCGAACGCGUCGAGCUAUUGACAUUCCUAUUGUCCAGAACUGGUUCCGGGAGCAUUGUCCUCAGAAUUAUCCGGUUAAGGUGCGUGUAUCGUACCAGAAGCUAUUGAAAUGUUGGGUACUAUCACACUUACGUUCGAAACCACCCAAGGCUAUGAAGAAACGUAAUCUACUUCGUUUAUUUAAGGGCACCAAAUUCUUCCAAUGCACCGAAACAGACUGGGUUGAAAUUGGAUUACAAGUUUGCCGACAAGGGUACAACAUGUUGAACCUAUUGAUUCAUCGGAAGAACCUGAGUUAUCUUCAUCUUGACUACAAUUUCAACCUAAAACCAAUCAAGACAUUGACUACUAAGGAACGGAAGAAGAGUCGUUUCGGUAAUGCAUUUCAUUUGUGCCGUGAAAUUUUACGUCUAACGAAGCUAAUCGUGGAUUCGCACGUUCAGUAUCGUUUGGGUAACAUUGAUGCCUUCCAAUUAGCAGACGGAUUGCAAUAUGUGUUUGCACACGUAGGUCAGCUCACCUCUAUCUAUCGUUAUAAGUACCGUCUGAUGCGCCAAGUGCGAAUGUGCAAGGAUUUGAAACACCUGAUUUAUUAUCGUUUCAAUACUGGCCAAGUGGGCAAAGGACCUGGUUGCGGGUUCUGGGCUCCUGGAUGGCGCGUGUGGCUGUUCUUCUUACGCGGCAUUCUGCCACUCCUGGAACGGUGGCUUGGAAACUUGUUGGCCAGACAGUUUGAGGCCCGUCAAAACACGGGCAUCGCCAAAACCGUGACCAAACAGCGAGUAGAAGUGUACUUUGAUCUGGAAUUGCGUGCAGCAGUCAUGCACGACUUGGUGGAUAUGAUGCCGGAAGGUAUUCGUGCUGGCAAAGCCAGGGUGGUUCUACAACACCUGAGCGAGGCCUGGAGAUGCUGGAAAGCAAACAUACCAUGGAAGGUGGCCGGCUUGCCUGCACCUGUAGAAAACGUAAUUCUGCGCUAUGUCAAGCUAAAGGCUGACUGGUGGACUAACGCAGCAUAUCACAACCGCGAACGUAUUCGUCGAGGAGCGACAGUAGAUAAAACUGUAUGCAAAAAAAAUCUAGGGCGUCUUACGCGUUUGUGGUUAAAGGCUGAACAAGAACGACAACAUGCAUACAUGAAGGACGGACCCUACUUGUCCAGCGAAGAAGCGGUAGCCAUGUACACCACCGUCGUUCACUGGCUCGAUUCACGAAAGUUCGCUCAUAUUCCGUUUCCGCCUCUCAACUAUAAACACGAUUCCAAACUUUUAGUACUAGCGCUGGAACGCUUGAAAGAUAGCUACGCUGUCAAGACCCGAUUGAAUCAGAUCCAGCGUGAAGAGCUGGGUUUAAUUGAACAGGCCUUCGAUAAUCCACACGAAGCUCUCAGUCGUAUUAAACGCCACUUGCUAACCCAGCGCGCUUUUAAGGACAGCAGCAUUGAAUUUAUGGACCUUUACUCCCACCUGGUUCCUGUGUAUGAGAUCGAUCCACUAGAAAAGAUCACAGACGCGUAUUUGGAUCAGUAUUUGUGGUACGAAGCGAGUUUGCGGCGACUGUUUCCUUCGUGGAUAAAGCCUUGUGACAGCGAGCCGCCUCCCUUGUUGCUGCACCGAUGGUGUAAUGGCAUCAAUAACUUAGAUGACAUCUGGAGCAGCAACGAUGGAAGUUGUCUGGCACUAAUGCAUAGCAAAUUCGACAAGAUGUAUGAAAAAAUUGACAUCACUCUGCUGAACAGACUGCUUCGGUUAAUAGUGGACCACAACAUUGCUGAUUAUAUGAGUUCCAAGAACAACAUUCGACUGACGUUCAAGGAUAUGGCUCACGUGAACUAUGUUGGUCUAAUUCGUGGCCUCCAGUUCGGUAGUUUCAUUGCCCAAUACUACGGCCUCGUUUUGGAUUUACUGUUACUGGGAUUAACGCGUGCGAGCGAGCUGGCUGGACCCCCGGGACAGCCGAAUGCCUUUAUGCAGUUCCCGGAUGCCCAAACAGAGACCAAACACCCCAUUCGAUUAUAUUGUCGCUACAUAGAUGAGUUUUGGAUCUUGUUUAAAUUUAAUGACGAAGAAUCGCGAAGCCUUAUUCAGCGAUAUCUUACAGAAAAUCCUGACCCUAAUAAUGAUAAUAUCGUGAACUAUAAUAAUAAGAAAUGUUGGCCGAAAGAUUGUAGAAUGCGGAAGAUGAAGCAUGAUGUUAAUCUGGGAAGGGCAGCGUUCUGGGAAAUGCAAAAACGAAUGCCCAGAUCAUUAGCAGACCUUGAUUGGCAAACCAGUUUUGUGUCCAUCUAUUCCAAAGAUAAUCCUAAUCUGCUCUUUUCUAUGGUUGGUUUCGAAGUUAGAAUCCUGCCGAAAUGCAGACUAGAUAACAGCUAUGACGAUGGCGGAGGUGCUGGUGGGAAGAAGGAGGGGGUAUGGCGUUUGCAGAAUGAUAAGAGUAAGGAAACAACUGCUUAUGCAUAUUUAAGGGUGGAAGACGAAGGAAUUAGUGUGUUUGAGAAUCGUGUGCGACAGAUUCUAAUGGCAUCGGGUUCUGCGACGUUUACUAAAGUAGCGAACAAGUGGAACACGGCUUUAAUAUCGCUCAUGACUUACUACCGAGAGGCGGUGAUAUACACAGAGGAGUUGUUGGAUCUGUUGGUAAAAUGUGAGAAUAAAAUUCAGACACGAAUAAAGAUAGGUUUGAACUCUAAAAUGCCUUCAAGAUUCCCGCCCGUUGUAUUUUAUACACCAAAAGAGUUGGGAGGUCUUGGUAUGUUGUCAAUGGGUCAUAUUCUGAUACCGCAGUCAGAUUUGCGUUAUAUGAAGCAGACAGAUUGUUCUAUCACGCAUUUCCGCUCUGGUCUGAGUCACGAAGAAGACCAGUUGAUUCCUGUAUUGUACCGGUAUAUCCAGUCAUGGGAGAGUGAGUUUGUGGAAAGUCAACGUGUGUGGUCCGAAUAUAACAUAAAACGUCAUGAGGCGAUUUUACAGAAUCGACGGCUUACUUUAGAUGAUAUCGAAGAUUCAUGGGACCGUGGUAUACCGCGAAUUAACACCUUAUUUCAGAAGGAUCGACAUACAUUAAGUUAUGAUAAAGGUUGGCGAAUAAGGCAAUCAUUCAAACAAUAUCAGUUAUUACGUUCUAACCCAUUUUGGUGGACAAAUCAAAGACAUGAUGGUAAAUUAUGGAAUUUAAAUAACUAUAGAACAGAUAUGAUACAAGCAUUAGGCGGCGUUGAGGGCAUUCUAGAACAUACAUUAUUUGCCGGCACAUACUUCUCAACCUGGGAGGGCUUGUUCUGGGAAAAGAGCAGUGGAUUUGAGGAAUCAAUGAAAUACAAGAAAUUAACCAAUGCUCAAAGAUCUGGAUUAAAUCAGAUACCCAACAGACGUUUUACCUUGUGGUGGUCCCCUACAAUUAAUAGAUCCAACGUUUAUAUCGGGUUCCAAGUGCAGCUUGAUCUAACUGGUAUAUUUAUGCAUGGCAAAAUUCCUACCUUGAAGAUUUCUUUAAUCCAAAUAUUCAGAGCACAUUUGUGGCAGAAAAUACACGAAGCCAUCGUUAUGGAUUUGUGUCAAGUUCUAGACUUGGAAUUAGAUAAUUUACAAAUUGAUUUGGUGCAAAAGGAAACUAUUCAUCCUAGGAAGAGCUAUAAAAUGAAUUCAUCGUGCUCAGACAUAUUGCUGCUAGCAUCAUACAAAUGGGAUGUUACCACCAAACCUUCUUUACUUGGAGACAGCAAUGACAUUUAUGCAGGUUCUGGCUCAAGCACCAAGUUCUGGAUAGAUUUACAGCUUCGCUGGGGUGAUUACGACUCGCAUGAUAUAGAGCGUUAUUCGCGAGCCAAAUUCUUAGAUUAUACUACGGACAAUAUGUCCAUAUACCCCUCACCUACCGGUCUGUUACUGGCAGUUGACUUAGCGUAUAAUUUGUUCAGCGGAUACGGAGCCUGGUUCCCUGGUUUGAAGCCAUUAGUACAGAAAGCGAUGAAGAAAAUUAUAAAGGCGAAUCCGGCCCUAUAUGUGCUGCGUGAAAGAAUCAGGAAGGGCUUGCAGUUGUACAGCUCUGAGCCUACAGAACCGCACUUGGAGUCAAGUAAUUAUGGCGAACUGUUUUCAUCGCAAACUGUUUGGUUCGUUGACGACACGAAUGUGUACCGUGUGACAAUCCACAAAACCUUCGAAGGGAACUUAACAACGAAGCCUGCCAAUGGUGCCAUCACUAUUUUCAACCCGAAAACGGGUCAGUUGUUCUUGAAAAUAAUUCAUACAAGUGUUUGGAGCGGACAGAAGCGGCUUUCCCAGUUAGCCAAAUGGAAAACGGCUGAAGAGGUAGCCGCUCUGAUUAGGUCAUUGCCGGUCGAGGAGCAGCCGAAGCAGAUCAUUGUAACCCGUAAAGGUAUGUUGGAUCCGUUGGAGGUACAUUUAUUGGACUUCCCCAAUAUUGUAAUAAAGGGAAGUGAGCUAGCGCUGCCGUUCCAAACUAUUAUGAAGGUUGAGAAGUUUGCCGACUUGAUCCUGAAGGCUACGCAGCCUGACAUGGUUUUAUUUAACCUCUACGACGAUUGGCUGAACACGAUUGCGUCGUAUACCGCCUUUUCGAGGCUCAUUUUGAUUCUAAGGUCGCUACACGUUCAUCCGGAUAGGGCCAAGGCGAUCUUAAGACCAGAUCGUUCCAUCACUACCGCCCCACAUCAUAUAUGGCCGACCCUUACAGUUGAGCAGUGGCUCAAGGUUGAGGUUGCGUUGACUGAUUUAAUUUUGGUCGAUUACGGUAAAGCCAACAACGUAAAUAUCGCUUCCCUGACGCAGUCUGAAAUUCGUGACAUCAUACUAGGCAUGGACAUCGCUCCACCAAGCGUUCAAAGACAGCAAAUGGCGGAAAUUGAAGCCAGUGCUACUGAUGGGGUAGCGCCAACCCAGAUCGCCGCGACCACAACUAAAACGACCAAUGUCCAUGGCGACACAAUCGUCGUCACCACUCAGUCGCCCCAUGAACAACAGCUAUUCCAAUCCAAGACCGACUGGCGAGUAAGGGCAAUGCACAGUACGACAUUACAUCUACGAGCGAAUAAAGUUUACGUUGACGACCAAGAUGCUGGUGCAACUGGUGUAACCUACGUGAUACCGAACAAUCUGUUGAGACAUUUCGUUAGUUGUGCGGAUCUAAGAACGCGGAUUGGAGCUUUCUUAUUCGGUAGCACGCCUUCCGACAACCCGAAUGUACGAGAAAUUCGCGCACUCGUCCUCAUUCCUCAGUCCGGUACUCAUGAGCAAGUCGACUUUGUAAACCAGUUCCCCUCUCAUGUACUACUGGACGAACUGGAGCCGGUCGGCUGGGCUCAGACCACACCUUCCGUUGCUACGCCCAGUGUCCACGACGUCUGCUACACCGCUUCCCUCUUAUCAGCCGGCAUGGACGCAGUUGCCACCGGAAGACCCGACGAUGUUCGCACCAGACUGGAUACCAACACGUGUAUGGUACUGCAUGUCGCGCUGACUCAAGGCAGCUGUACAUUAAGCGGAUACCGACUAACGCCAGCCGGCCUCGUUUGGGGAAAGGACAAUAAGAGUGAGAACCCCGCUGACUUCAACCCCGCAGAACUCUACGAAAAAUGCAGACUACUCCUCUCCGAUACAUUCACCGGCUUCUGCAUGACCUCAGGGUUCUGGAACUAUGCCUUCACCGGAGUUCGGUACAAUAAGAAAACCAAAUACCAACUGGUUCUUGACGUCCCCAAACCUUUCUGCCAUGAAAUUCACCGACCCGCGCAUUUUCUGCAAUUCUCGCAGCUGGAAGCUUUCGAAGAGACCGACGGAAUCGACUUGGAAGACGUUCUAGCGUAA